AGCAGCAACAGUGCUUCAGGCCUCACCCCUGCCCUCCUCCUGCCCCUCCGAUAAGCAACUUCCUUCCCAGGGGAGCCUUAUCUGCUCGCUGGGGAGGGGUGGCCCUGCCCUGACCCCCUCUGAGCACAGCUGGAGAACCUCUGCCCCCUCCCCAAGGCAGAGGGCCAGCUCCACCGAGCCCGGGUGGGGCCAGCGCUCUGCAGCCUAUGCUUCUUGGCCCUCGGCCUCAGUUUCCCCACCGGGCAAGUGAGAGUGUGGAGCUGAUGACGCUGCGUGGCCCUCUUCCACUCUUCAGCCCGGUGCACGUGGGACCAGGGACUUGGACGGCACCAGGGCCCAACCUGGCGGGCGUGUGGCCCGAGCUGCAGUGAGGACGGGGCGGGCCUGCAUGGAGCCGAGCUCUCGGGGUCCCCCCUGGUUCGGGGCGCAGCCACUGGCUAAGGGAAGAGGCGGGCUGCCUGUGGAAGGCAGGCUGCGGAGGAAAACAUCUGAGCCACCUCCGGGGCUGUUUGCACAGUCUGACUCGAGCUGUAAAUGCAGCCCAUUAAGGAACUCAAAGGGUUGGCUCCAAAGUUUAUCUCCUCUGAUUCCCAGAGAUUUUUAUCUCUUAACAGCAUUAUUUCCAUUCUUUCGAGAAGACUUCUCCUUGCAGGAUGUAGCUGAUUUGCACCAAUCUGUUUGCUUUUUUUUUUUUCUUUAAGACAUUGAUCUAGACACAAAGGAACAGAACAAAAGUAUUUUUGGCGAGAAACUGGCCCGCCUGAGCCUCCCCUUUUUGUGUCGGGUAUCUAAGCUACACUGCUUUGGAAAAAAUGGUGAUUAAUAAUUACCCUUGUGACCUCUGUACCUCUGGCUUCCUCCGCUGCCGGGCACAAGACAUGGCCAUUGCCGGGGCUCCGCUGCGCAGACGGGCGGACGGCUCCUCCGGCUGGGCAAGGUCAAGGGCGGAGCCUCCCGGGACGCGUGGGAGAUGGGGGAGACAAGCGUGCGGAAGCGGAGAGAGGACGCCAAGUCGGGCGAGAGCAGCGAGCCCAAGACCACGAGUCUCCAGAAGGAGGUGGGGCUGAUCAGCGGCAUCUCCAUCAUCGUGGGCACCAUCAUCGGCUCCGGCAUCUUCAUCUCCCCGAAGUCCGUGCUCAGCAACACGGAGGCCGUGGGGCCUUGUCUCAUCAUCUGGGCUGUCUGCGGGGUGCUCGCGACGCUGGGCGCUCUGUGCUACGCGGAGCUGGGCACGAUGAUCACCAAGUCGGGGGGCGAGUACCCGUACCUCAUGGAGGCCUACGGCCCCAUCCCCGCCUACCUCUUCUCCUGGACCAGCCUGAUCGUCAUCAAGCCCUCGUCCUUCGCCAUCAUCUGCCUCACCUUCUCCGAGUACGUCUCCGCGCCCUUCUACUCGGGCUGCAAGCCGCCCACCGUCGUGGUCAAGUGCCUGGGCGCUGCCGCCAUCCUGUUCAUCGUGAUCGUGAACUCGCUGAGCGUGCGGCUGGGCAGCCUGGUGCAGAACGUCUUCACGGCGGCCAAGCUGGUGAUCGUGGCCGUCAUCAUCAUCGGCGGGUUCGUCCUCCUGGCCCAAGGAAACACCAAGAACUUUGAAAAUUCUUUCGAGGGAGCGGAUGUGUCCGUGGGCGCCAUCAGUCUGGCGUUUUACAACGGGCUCUGGGCCUACGACGGAUGGAACCAACUCAACUAUAUCACAGAAGAACUCAAAAACCCUUACAGAAACCUGCCCCUGGCGAUCGUCAUCGGGAUCCCCCUGGUGACCGUGUGCUACAUCCUCAUGAACGUCUCCUACUUCACCGCCAUGACGCCCACCGAGCUCCUGCAGUCCCAGGCCGUGGCCGUGACGUUCGGGGACCGUGUUCUCUACCCAGCCUCGUGGGUCGUUCCACUCUUCGUGGCCUUUUCCACCCUCGGUGCUGCCAACGGGAGCUGCUUCACCGCGGGCAGACUCAUCUACGUCGCAGGCCGGGAAGGCCACAUGCUCAAGGUGCUCUCCUACAUCAGCGUCAAGCGCCUGACCCCAGCCCCCGCCAUCAUCUUUCACGGUAUCAUAGCGAUCAUUUAUAUCAUCCCUGGUGACAUAAACUCGCUAGUCAAUUAUUUCAGUUUUGCUUCGUGGCUCUUUUACGGCCUGACGGUUCUAGGACUCGUUGUGAUGAGGUUCACGAGGAAAGAACUGGAGAGGCCCAUCCAGGUGCCUGUGGCCAUCCCCAUCUUGGUGACCUGCAUAUCCGUGUUUCUGGUUCUGGCCCCCAUCAUCAGCGCACCCGCCUGGGAGUACCUCUACUGCGUGUUGUUCAUACUGAGUGGCCUUAUCUUCUACUUCCUGUUUGUCUACUACAAGUUUGGAUGGGCUCAGAAAAUCUCAAAGCCCAUCACCAUGCACCUGCAGAUGCUGAUGGAAGCUGUCCCGCCAGAGGAGGAUCCUCAGUGACGAGCUCUUUCUCUUACAGCCAAGCCAGGGCUGUGACGAAUUUAUUUUUAUAAGCAAUAUUUGUGGUUUCUUUCUGAUUUUUUUUUUCUUAAGAAAAAAAACAUAUUCAGAUGUUUAUAAUGUUAUUUUUAGAUGUCCUUAAUUCUUUGGGUGGGGUUCCUGAUAAGAGAAGUGACAGAUAUGUGUUAAAGUUAUCAGGUGACGAUGUCACCCAAAAGGGGUGGGCAGUUAGGGAAGGGCUGGGUACGAACUACCACCAUCAUGGUGGCACAUCACGCUUACUUGAAAUAAAGGGUGUUCCUUAAACUCA